CGGCCUCGCCAACAUGACCUGCUGCCUGCUCGUCAUGCUCGUCUACGUCGCCAUCGAGACCCGCAGCUGGACGGUGAUCCACGUGGUGGCGCUGUCCGGCUCGCUGAUAUCGUUCUUCGUGCUGACGCUGAUGUACCAGUCCGUGUGCGUGUCCUGCUUCAACCUGCCCUCCACCUACCGCGUCAUGCACCACGCCCUCGCCGACCCCAUGUACUGGCUGCUCAUGCUGCUCACCACCGUCGCCGCGCUCGCGCCCAGGCUGGCGUGGUCGACGGACGAGGACGGGCUGCAGAAGACGCACUCGGACGUGGCGGCCAUCACGUGA